GGCCUCGGCGGCUCGGCGGAGAAGUGCCUCUCCAGGGGGAUCAGCUCGGAGGAGCGCCCGAAGCGGCCCCUGCCGGCCUACUUCCGGUUCAUGAAAGAAAACCGCUCGGCUUUUCGGCAAAGCAACCCAGAAGUGAGCAAUAUGGAGCUGGUUAAAAUACUAGCAGGUGCUUGGAAGGAGUUACCAGCAUCACAGAAGCAGGUUUAUGAGGAAGCUAGAAAGACAGACUGGCAAAGGUAUGCAGAGCAGCUGGCCGCAUAUAAAGCACAGCUAACUCCAGCCCAGGCUGCGGCUUUGAAAGAAGAAAAGAGAAGACGUCUGGCAAGGAGGAGAUCGUUCAAGGCAAAAAGAGAAUUGACUGUGCUUGGAAAACCUAAAAGACCUCGUACCGGCUUUAACAUUUUUCUAUCCGAAAACUUCCAAGAAGUUGAGGGCAUUUCACCUGUGGCAAAGAUGAAGCAAUUGUUUGAUGCCUGGCAAAAACUGUCCAGUUCUCAAAAGCAGCCAUACCUGCAGCUUGCUGAAGAUGAUAAGGUUCGGUAUGAAAACGAAAUGAAGUCAUGGGAAGCAAAAAUGGUUGAACUCGGACGUGAAGACCUGAUACGUUCCAGAAGGCAAAAACCAAGAAAGAAAACUGAUGAAACUGCAAAGAAAGCUGAAACAGCCAAAGCUUCCUCACAGAAAAACAAGGCAAUAUUGAAGUGGAAAAAAUCGGAAGAAUAA